CGACGGACAUACGCGGGGACACUUUUUUCAAUUUAACGUUGCAUAGCAGUUUUUAAAGAAACAGCUCCAACUCGACUCGCUUUUAAAGCUUGUAAAUGGAUUUUUAGAAAUAUUUUGCAGCUGUUUCUAUGUCUGUGGAGAGUUUAAUUAUUUAAAGAAAUGAACUAUGAGGAGACGAAGUGUCAUCGAGGCCUGGUUAAUUUAUUGAAAGCAGGGUACCAUGGAAGAGUAAUUAAAUCCACUUGCACGUGAUUAAGAAUUCACAAGGCGGUGCUCCGCAGAACUCAAGACUCACUUCGCUUGUUCUUCCGCUGUGUAGGAAGCUUUCCAAAUUAAUUCAUCAAUCAUUUGUUUUUAAAGGCUGUUUCAAAAAACCUUAACGAUGGCAAAACGGAUUAUUUGUUUAUUCGACGUCGAUGGCACGCUCACGGCUCCUCAACAGGUCAUCAAACCAAGCGUAGAGAAAUUCUUAUUCGAGACCGUGAAGAAGGAGUUCGACUUGGCCAUUGUCGGAGGAUCGGACUUGACUAAGAUCCAAAAGCAAUUAGGUGGUGAAAACGUGAUAAACAAGUACAAAUACGUGUUUGCUGAAAAUGGUUUAGUUGCUUUCAAAGAUGGCAAGCGAUUACGUGGCGAGACGAUCCAGAGCAUAAUUGGCGAAGAUGCCCUGCAAGAUUUCAUAAACUUCGUUCUACGAUACAUCUCCGAACUGAAGUUACCAUUUAAACGAGGCACCUUUGUGGAAUUUAGAACUGGAAUCAUAAACAUUUCACCGGUUGGACGAAAUUGUACUCAGGAGGAGCGCAUUCGAUUUUACGAAUACGAUACGGAGCACCUGAUCCGUCAGAAGUUUAUUCAAGCCAUUAAAAAAGAGUUCCCAAAUUUGGCAUUAACGUACAGCAUUGGAGGGCAGAUAUCUUUCGAUGUCUUUCCAAAUGGUUGGGACAAAACUUAUUGCCUGAGACAUAUCCAAGGGUACGAUGAAAUUCACUUCUUCGGUGACAAAGCCCACGAAGGCGGAAACGACUACGAGAUUUAUGAGAGCGACUUGACGGUCGGUCAUCGAGUCGAUGAUCCUGAAGAUACAGUUAAUCAGCUCAAAGUUCUAAUGACAUUAAUUAACGAAACCAAAGCGAAAGAUCAGCUGAACGUACCGAUGCAAUGUGUUUAACUCUAAAUUCCUUCAAUGAAGGCAUUCCACUCGUGUGCAGUUUUAAUCUUCCAUGUGUAUCAAAGUUCGUGAAAAUCAGUGUAAAUAAUAUAGGAAUGUGCAUGCUCCGCAGGCAUCGUUUCGUAGCCUCAAAGUAUUAUGUAAAUUUAGGGCUAGUAUUACAUGUUCAUUUUACGUUUACCAAUGAUUGUUAAACCUUUAUUUAAACAGUCCUAAAUAUUUACGAGAGAUUUGGUCAGUGUUCAAGAACGGGUUAACGUUAACAUAAACAUGUUAAAUAUUCUUGCCAUGUUUAAUCGAGACCAAUUUAUGACAAAUGUAUAUUUUGAUACACCGUUGGUCACUUUAUUCGCCAAGAUUGUUUUAACCCAGUUUAAACUGUUUAAACAAAUUGAACCACGAUCUAUAUCUCGAGUCCAAUUAAAUAACUAGAAGUUGGACCAAUUUCAAAGUGUUAAGACGAUUGAGAGAGCGCACAUACUUGAAGUUGUAUUUUUAAAAGAAUUUAAAGGUAGCCAAUUACCGUAAUAACUCUUCAAAGUGUUUCUCUGUAUAGUAUACCUGAAUCAUGAGUGCAAUAUAAUGGUGUUCACCAUAUAAAUUCUAUAAAUGUUAUCAUAUUAUUAACCGAUCGUAGUAAUAUAACUGUUGUACUCUGUACUGUAAAUGGUUGAGGCGAUAAAAUGCAGAAAUCACUGGA